AUGGGCAUUCACUUCGACCCUGCUGCAGUCCGCUUCGACCCGCAGCAGACCGGCCAGUACGCCCUCGGAGUCGCCGCCAAGGUGCGGGCGGGGCUGCUGGGAUCGUUGGGAUCGCACGGGAUCCCGGUGAUCGACGCCGUCGCUCGCGUGGGAUCGGGAGGCGUGUUGGAGUUGACUCCGACUGUCUCCUCCCCACCCCACACUCCCCACAAGUUGCAUGCAAAGAACAUAAUUCUGGCUCCGGGAUCGGUUCCCUUCGUGCCCCCGGGCGUGGCGCUUUCGCCCCCGCUCCCGCCGCUGCUGCAGCAGCAGCAGCAGCAGCAGCAGCAGCAGCAGCAGCAGCAGCAGCAGCAGAUAAUGACCAGCGACACCGCCGUGGGCCUCCCGCUCAUGCCUUCCUUCCUGGCCAUUAUUGGGGCUGGAUAUAUAGGCCUGGAGUUCGCAGAAGUCUUCGGGGCCUUGGGAUCGGAAGUAACUCUUAUCGAAGCUGGGGAUCGUCUCCUCCCGGGGAUCGAUCCCGAGAUCGCUCGCGCUGCUGAGCGCCUGCUGCUGCACAAGGACCCCCAGCGCCCCGCGCGGCUGCUGACCAACACUUUGGCUGCGUCGGUGCAGCCUGUGGGGCCCCCCGGGGGGCCCCCCGACGGGGGCCCCCGGGGGCCCCCGGGCCCCUCGAGAUGCUUGUCUUGUGGCCACGGGCCGAAAACCAGCUACGCAGGUCAGCAGCAGCAGCAGCAGCAGCAGCAGCAGCAGCAGCAGCAGCAGCAGCAGCAGCAGCAGCAGCAGCAGCAGCGGGGAAGCAGCUGUGGCGGUUCCGGUAGCAGCAGCGGCAGCAGCAUUUGCAGCAGCAGCUGCAGCAUGCGCAGCGGCCUGGGUCUUGAGGAGUUGGGAGUGACCCUAAAGCGAGGUGGCUUUGUCCCAGUGGACGCCUGCAUGCGUGUGGUGCGCACGGAGGUCCCGGGGGCCCCCCGGGGGCCCCCGGGGCCCCUGCCAGCGCCCGAAAACGUGGUGGAGGGCCUCUACUGCAUUGGAGACGCCAAUGGUUUGCUGCAGUUGGCGCAUGCAGCUUCAGCUCAAGCUGUGACUGCUGUGGAGGCCAUUGCCGGCCGCUUUGUGCCUUUUAAUCCCAAAGAAGUUCCCGCGGCGUGCUUCACUAGUCCAGAGAUUGCCUUCGUCGGCUACACGGAGGCGGAGGCGCGGGAGCUGGGGGCGCAGUGGGGCUUCGAAGUGGGCUGCUGCAGCAGCGCCUUUCGCAGCAAUUCGAAGGCGCUGGCGGAGGCGGAGGCGGAGGGGCUGGCGAAGGCCGUGUGGCGUACAGACACCGGACUGCUGCUGGGCUGCCAGGCUGUGGGGCCCCACGCGGCGGAGCUGCUGCAGCAACUCCAGCUGUACAGACACCCCAGCGGGGUGUACAGACACCCCAGGGAAGUGGACAGACACCCCAGGGAAGUGGACAGACACCCCAGGCGGGUGUACAGACACCCCAGGCGGGUGUACAGACACCGCAGUGGGGUGUACAGACACUUGAGGCGGGUGUACAGACACUUCAAACGCGUUUACAGACACUUGAGGCGGGUGUACAGACACCCCAAAUGCGUUUACAGACAGCUGGGGGGGUGGGGUGGGGUGUACAGACAGCUGGGAGUGGGCGCUGGGAGAGAGACACCGGAGACCCCACAGAGGGGCAGAGCAGCAGAGGGCGAUGCAGCAGCGGGUGUACGUACACCCGAACUGCAGACCCCACAGAGCUGGAGGCCGCGCUGGGGUGUAUGUACACCCGAGACCGCACGGACGUCCCCCCCGCUGUCCCAGGACUGCGCAGCCGCAGCCACAGGGACGCAGCAGGGGGGGAGACACAAGCCGCAGCAGCAGCAGCAGCAGCUGCUGCUGCUGCUGCUGCUGCUGUCUUCCGUGCGCGGAAAGAGACUCUGCGCAGUGGUGUGGGCCCCCGUGGGGGCCCUGGGGCCCCCUGGGGGCCCCCCGGGCUCCCCCCGCAUGCAGGGUCUCUUUGGGGGCCCCUUUCGCAGGGCCUCUGCUGCUUCUUACUUGUUGGCUGCGCGCAGCGGGGAAAAAAGACACCCUGGGGGUGUGGGGCCGCCGCUGCUGCUGCUGCUGCUGCUGCUGCUGCUGCAGCAGCAGCAGCAGCAGCAGCAGCUGGGCUGGCUGCACUCAGUGGUAGCGAUCGUCGUCGUACCGCCGCCGGUCGUCAUAGUCUCUCAUGCCCCUGCAAAUAAAAAGGAGACACACGACAGCAGCAGCUGCAGCAGCAGCAGCAGCAGCAGCAGCAGCAAGACGCCAGCAGCAGCAAGACGCCAGCAGCAGCAGCAGCUGCUGCCAGCUGCUGCAGCGCCCAGCGCUCGCGGGCCCGUCCCCCGCGGUGCCUCCGCAGCAGCAUCCCCACCGCCACCGGCAGCAACACCAGCAGCAGCAGCAGCAGCAGCAGCAGCAGCAGCAGCAGCAAACGGGGACGGAGACCAUCUCUCUACCCCCCCUGUCUCUUGUCUCCUCCCCAGAACCCCCAAAACGGCCUCAGCCAAGAAGUGGAUCGUGCAUGUAGGGGCCCCCAGGGGCCCCCCGGGGCCCCCCGGGGCCCCCCGGGGGCCCUCCGGGGGCCCCCCGGGGGCCCCCGGGGGCCCCUGGGGGCCAGGAGGGUGUGCGGGUCCGGCGGCCGCGGCCACGGGCAGGAAGGAGGUGUCAGUCUCUUUCUCUCGCAGCAGCAGCAGCAGCAGCAGCAGCAGCAGGCCGGCGCACACAGCCCGGGCGCAGCAGCAAGAAGGAGACAGGCAAGGAGACAACUCCGGGUGCUUCGGGGAGGAGGGCAGAGGCGGCCAGCAGCAGCAAACAAAGAGACAAAAGUGGAAAUGA